AACGGCGCGGACAGCGACUAGUAUACUAUUUGAUGGCUUAUUAAGCGCGAGAGAGCGAGACUUCCUUACGAGGCACGACAACGAAUGCAACCAUGGACCAACGAGCUAAGAACGACGUCUAUGACUUGAUCAAACCGAUGCUCGAGAAUACUGGAGCACAUGGCAUCCCGAACAUCGUCCGUGCCGAGAACCUCCCACGGCGUCUCGCCUGGUCCCUGCUCUUCCUGGUCGCUCUCGGCUUCUUCAUCGGACUCAGCGGAAACCUCAUCCGUAAAUAUUACAAUUUCGAUUACAGUGUCAACGUCGAAGUCAUUUUCGAACCCACGAUCAACUUCCCUGCCGUCACCGUGUGCAACAUGAAUCCGUAUCGACAGUCGAGCGUUGUCAACGUCUCUCUCGAGCUCACAGAAAUCUUGGGAUUGGAGAGCGGCGUCCUAUUGUCGAAGUGGAAUUCUUCAACGAAAUACGGAGACUGGGAGAAUCUCGAAUUCUCUUCAUUAGAUGCUUUUACGGAGAUCCUCAAAUCGGCAACCCAAGAGGUCGGUAAUAUGUCUUACGAACAGCGGUUUAACAUCGGUCAUGAGCUCGAUGAUAUGUUACUCAGUUGCACGUUUCAUGGUUCACCUUGUGCGCCUGCGAAUUUUACUUGGUUCUUUAACUACCUUUAUGGAAAUUGCUACACCUUUAACUCAGGGGUCGCCGGCCUACCAUUACGGUCAAAUGAAAUAGGACCCAUAUAUGGACUUGCAUUAGAGCUUUUCAUAGACCAAGAGGAGUACAUCUCUACCCUCCAACCGUCAGCUGGAAUUAGACUCCUCAUCCAUGAUCAGAAUGAGAUGCCAUUCCCCGAGGAUUCAGGCUCUACCCUGGCCCCAGGAAGAGCAACAUCAAUUGGAAUGACAAAGAUUUCAGUACACCAGCUAGGAUAUCCUUACACGACGUGUACAGACGAUUUUCGAGUAGACAAUAUAUUCCGAGAAAGAUUUCCUCAUAUAAUAUACUCAGUUCCGGCGUGCGAAAAGAAUUGCCUUUUUAAUCUUAUUAGAAAUGAAUGCGGUUGUGCUGAUGCCCGCUAUAGAUUCAAUGAAUCAAUACCAGCCUGUAAUAUUUUACCGGACCAGCAAAACCAAGAAAAGGAAUGUUUUAAAAGGGCAACAGAGCAGUACAUCAACCGAGAAAUCAUUUGCGAUUGCAGGACGCCUUGUCGUAAAAGUUUCUACAAGGAAACAAUAUCAGAAGCAGUCUGGCCGAAUGAUCAGCAUCGGCCGACAGUACUGGAAGGGAUAAAACAACUCUCAGAUCAUCUACGAGACAGGAUUGAAAAUAACACCCAGUUUAUAGAUACCAAUGUUGUCAAAGUGAUUGUCUAUUUUUCAAGCUUGGAAUACGAAAAUUUCUACCAGACGCCAGAAUAUACCGUUUAUGAUCUCAUCAGUGCACUUGGAGGUCAAGUGGGUUUAUGGAUCGGGGUAUCCGUCUUAACCGUCUUCGAGUUCAUUGAACUCCUCUACGACAUUUUAAAAUAUGGCUGCACAAAAUUGACUAAACUAGGAAAGAGGACGGUAUUUGCAGGAGAUACAAUCGAAAGGGACCCAGUAGAACAUGAUCUGCAUAAAUGCUGACAUGACGUGUGCUUCACCAUUAUUCUUUGUGCAUAUAAAAUCGUCUGUGUGACAACUGGCGGCAUCCUAUUUUAUAUGAAGUUAAAAAAGCUGAUCCUCUGUACAGGACAGAUCAACAACCUGACUGGGCCAGGAUUCUAUAUACCAAUGUUUUCAGAAUGUCAUAGACAAAAGUGACCUCAACUGCCAUAUUUUGGCAUGUUUCGAUUAUGACACUGUCAUGGCUCGGAAGCACAUUGGAUGUAGCAGAUAAAUGAGUGAAAGAUUGCUGAAAUACUUGCACUCCUUCUUCAUGUUUUCAUGACAUUAUUGAAACGAAAUAGCAUUGAUUCUGUCAAUGGUUCUGUGAAUAGAACAUGGUGGUGCUACCCAAAUGUAUCUUGCAUUUUUUUUGGCAACUAAGUGAUAAAUCUUUAGAAAGGAAGUUAGCAAAUCAAUCUAGGUAAUCGAAGUUUAGCCACAUUAAAUCAUAAGUCAGUGAUUUAAACAUAGAGCUAUAGCUCUAUGAUUUAAAUAUGCAUCUCCGAUGGUAUGGCUCAGUUCUUUAAAGGUUGUUAUUUUCUCAAAAUCAGCAAACAAACAUAGUAAUAAAGUAUAAGUAAAUUAGUUAAGAAACAUAGGUGAUUUCAAAAUAUUUUGGGUUCAUUUAGCCAAAAGAGUUCAUAUAAAAUCCAUUUAUUUAUCUGCAAAUUUAACGUAUUCAACGGUUACGUAAUGAUGGUGUCCAUUAUAUUCCACAUACUGAAAAUCCUUCUCUAUGAUUGGUCAAAAGUAAAUCACAUGUAAAUUUAUCUUCAUCAUCUAUCACUUGGAGGUCAACCAGAGCGCAGGGCCCUGUGCUAAUGAGCAAUAGGCAUGCUUUAUUCAAACCCUCUCGUGGCUGUAUUCACCUCCCUGCAAAAUGUCGUGAAUUGUGAAACUUUCUUUCUCAAAGAAUUUUACCACUUUAUCUUCAAGUAAAAUUCAACAUUAUUACACCAUAGGAAAGAGUAAAUGUUACUCUUCUAUAAUAGUCAUUUAUUUUAAAUGAAAUAUUUUGAUAAAUAACUGGAUUUUAGGCCUGAAAAGAUGUCUGAAAAACAAAAUUUUCUUCCUCUGUUUUCUCUUGCAAACUGUGCAAACUUUUUUAUUUUGAGCCCAAAUAAUAUCAAUAUUAUCGUAAAGGUCAUUCUCUGUACUUUCUCACUACAAUGCCAAUCUUGAUAUGUGGCACACUGGAAAUGGGUCAGGAUCCAGCUAUUCCCAUCAACAUACAAGACGAAAUUUCUGAGAAACUUGAAAUCCAGAGUUCUGAUUGGCUGGAUAAUAUUUGAAAACAACAUGCCCGGGUAAUUUUAAAACAUUACCACAUAAUGGUGAAAGCGAUCUUGGAGCGGCCGCAGGGUGGAAACCGUUGGACUUUGGGUGGAUGUAUGGUCUCUUUGACCAAUCAGAAAGCAGUAAUCAUAAUUUCAAGCUGCAAAAUAUUAAUAGGUGGAUCCUGAUCCAUUUACAACACCUCUUCUUAUACAACCUAUAUCAUAUUAAAGCUUAGAUCUUCAGCUUUAUCAUGAUCUAAAAAUCUGAAAAUAUCAACUUUUGUUAAGUGAAAAUGAUUAUUUUGAGCUUGUUUCAGAUCAAAAGUUUCACCUACAGCACAGAAUUUUGAAAUAAAUUUAAACAAAUGACCUAAAAGAAUGAUUCUUCUUCUUUACAAUGAUACAAAAAUUAAGAAGUCUGAUAAAUAUUCAAAGCAGCAAUGACCGAUUCAAAUAGGUGUUUUGGCCCGCACCCAGCUCAUUAAAUAUGCAAAACCUUUCUCGUCAUGAAUAUCGCAGAGUAAUGAAGCUACUUUUUGAGGUCCUACCUGCCGACUGCGGUUAUUUUGUGUUUCGCUAAUCUAUCAAGUUAGAGGUCCACCAAUCGUUAGCAAUAUUUGUCAGAGCAAAAUGAAAAUGUCUUGCACUGUUUACUUACCACUCUAUGGUACUAAAUUCGAAAAAAUGCGUUGCACUGUAUAAUAUUGAGUCUGGUGCAAUACUGUAUAUGUGCGCAGUUUAGUAAAGCAAACCCAUACGUGCAGCCGACCCCAUAGAAGGAACGAAAUUUCUUUUGCGAAUUUGUUCAUUAAUUUUAUUCAAAUUCAGUUACAUUUUUUUUAUUUAGUUUAUAGAGUAACCGUUUUCCAAUAAAGAGUAUAAACAGACUCAUAUUUCGGUUUCUGGUGGUGUGAUGUUCUACCAGUUCUUUUGAAAAUUUGAAUCUUUCCUCUGGAGUUUUCAUCGGAAUGUUAACUCGUCUAAAUUGCCCGUGGCGUGUUUUUCCAUUGUUCAUUCUACACUGUCCAUCAAUUGUUUGCUCAAUAAAAGCAUGCAUCCUCGAUCGCGUUUUAAAAUGCAAACAGUAGUAUAAAUUGAACCCUGGCGAAUUCUUUCAUGACUCGUGGCAAAAUAAUCCAUGACCUGUGUCCAGACAUUCAAGAGACUUUGUUUCCGUUUAAGUAAUAAUAAUAUUUAAGCAAUCAUUGAAAGAUAGUCUCAUAAUCUGUGAGGCUAUUAUUAAACUAGAGUGUUCGCAGUGACAUCUUUUAAGAGUAAGUAAGAAGGAAUCCAUAUCUCCCUUUUUUUACAACGCUUAAACAAUACUUCUGAUAUGAUUUUUGUUUGUAUCAGUUUCCCCAUGGAUUGUUAUACCAGGGUAUUUGUGUAAUUGGUAAACUACGGGUAUGAAUGAAUGAAUGAAUGAAUGGCUGAUUACCUGAAUUUGCGCUUUUAGUAUUGAUACGAAACAUGCAUGUUUAUUAGAUCCAGUCUAGUUCUCUGUCAGUUUCAUUAUCGUCGAACUAUAUCAAUCUGUACCUGUAAUUAUUUUAAAGAAUUCGGCUGAAAUUUAAAAAAAAAUGAUAAUAAUCAAGUGCAGGUUUCUUUUUUUUAUUGCUUGAUAAUUUCCUGCUCAUUCUUGCAUUUUUUUUCCCAGUGGGGGUAUCAAGUUCAUAAUACCUUUGGGUGGUGUAGUUAGGUAAAUCUUACACUGUAAAAAAUGAAGUGCUAAUUAAGCACUUACAGUGCUUGUAUAGUGACUGCACUGCGCGUGCUGGUUUUCUAGUUUAAAUUUGAACUAGAAAAUCAGCACUCGGAGUGCAGUCACUAUACAAGCACUGUAAGUGCUAAAUUAGCACUUAUUUUUUUACAGUGUACAUGACCAUUGCACAAACAUAAAAUGAAAUUAGUCCUGAAAAGUCACUCACAAGGUGUUGAGCUGUCAAUAUUGUGAUCUGUAUUUUGUGUAAACUCAGAAUAUGUUUUGUAGCUAGGAAACACAAUACAACUUGUGUGCUUCCAACACCAACACCAACACAUGACUUGAAAACACCCAGCGUGUGCCGUGGUUCUGAUUCGACAGGUCUUCAUAUAGGCCUUUGACAUUGUGUAAGAGGUUAUACUGAAAUACAAAUAAUUACUUAUAC